AUUUAAUAAGAAUGAAAAUAACAAUAAUGAUAUUGUUAAUGUUCAUAUUUAGUCAGACAUAUUGCCAAUAAAAUGAUGAAAUUUUAGGCUAUAUGUAUGUAUUUGCUUAAGAAUGGCCAGGAUCUAUAUGCAAAUUUUAGAAAUGUACAAAAACAUAUAUGGGAAAUUACGAUAAUGCAAGAUGGAAUACUCAUGGAUUAUGGCCUAAUACAAUGCUUUAAACAACUUGUGGAAUGAUAUUCAAUUGCAAAGAUGAAGAAUAUGAUGAAAAUAAAUUAACUGUGGCUACAAAAACAUUAAUAGAUGUUACUUGGAAUGGUAUGUAUUCAGAUACAUUUACAUUCAGAAAGUAAGAUAUAAUAUUUAAUUAGACAUGAGUGGGAGAAACAUGGUACAUGUCAUCCAGAUAAUUUAUCGUAAAACGGAUAUAUGUCAAGAGUUGGAAAUCUUAAUAAUUAAUAUAAUUAUUAUAAAAUAUUAGCAUCAGCAGGAAUAUAUCCAGAUGAUGAUAGAUAAUUAACAGAUUCUGAAGUUAGAGCUGCAUUUACAAAAGUAUUAGGAAUAUCAACAGCAAUGACUUAUACUUGCUAAAAAGAUUGUAAAUUAUAUAAGUUUUAUUAUAUUAGCUGCGACUGGUAAAUUCUAUAUUGCUGAAUUAAGAACUUGUUUUACAUAAGCUAUGAAACCUAGAACCUGUGAUUGUACUAAACCUGUUAGUGCUUUUGUAACAUGUGGUAAGACAUUUUAUUAUCCAACUUUUCUAUUAUCAAAGGAUUAAUAAAUAGAACUUGAAGAAAUCCCUGAUUUCAGUCAAACAUUUUUAGAAUGAGAUUUGUAAAUUUAAUUAUAUAUUUUAUAAAAAUAAG